AUGAUGAAAUUAGGUAGACUUAUCAAUAUUGCCUUCAUAUUAGUAUUAAUAACAUUCAUGUUUCAUAUAUUAGCAAUGGGCUAUAAUCGUUGGAAAAUAAUUCGUUGUAAAUCGUGCUCUGGCAAUGUUUCUGUUCAUACUAUUUAUACAUCACUCACUCAAAGAUGUUAUUUAUCAUCGUUUUCACUUGAUCAACAAAGUUUAAGUGGUGAAUUAUGUCUUUCAAACAAAUUUUUAUAUCCAAAAAAGAAAGGAGAUGCUGAAUUAUGUUUAAAUGAAACAUUAGAUCAGCAGUAUACGGAAUGUUCAUCACAUACGUAUUCAAAACAAUGUCAUUGUGAUUAUGCAUUAGGAACAAAAAUAAUUUUAGCAUUGACCAUUGUUGCAGCAAUUUUACUUGGAUUAACUAUAUUAAUUACACAUUUUAUGUUAUUAUCAGCAGAAAAAAAUAUUAUUCUAUUUGUAAUAGGUGAAACAUUUUUAAUUAUUUCGUUUUUAGCUAUUUUAAUUGCAUUGAUAUUAGUUGGCGUCUACAAAACACAGGAUAUUGAUGAACUUAAAUAUAAACGAACAUUAAACGCAAUGAGUGGUAUGCCAAUAAAUAGCAAAGAACUUGGACGUUUAAGAAAUUCAAAUUAUAGUAUUACAGUGGGUUAUUCUGUUGGUCUAGAAAUUAUAGCAUUAUUUUUCACGCUUGGCACAGCAAUAUUUUUCAUAUUUUUAUUAUGGGUUAGAGGUCGAUCGGGCGAACAAAGUGCGGAGAGCGACUAA